GGACUCACUGAGUGUUUUUGUGCGGACCGUGCACCGACCGACCGACUGGGGUCAAGCUCGGCCGGACAUGUUCGGACGGGAUGCUGCAGGCUGGCAGCCAGUUCGUCGCCCGGUGUCGGUGAGCGGGGAGCGGACCUGAAUGUGAGCAGCUCAGCCGGGAGAGGCCAGACCAUGUCCACUGGAGCAAGACCAUGACUUUACUCAACGAGUCAGACGGAGCCUCCCCUCCCUCCUUCCCUCUCUCCUUCCUUCAGCACAAUUUCUCCGUCCUUGUCACCCACGAUCCUUCAUACUCCCCCAUAUCCUUCCCCACCUCCUCCUCUUCCUCCUCGCCCUCACUGACGUCCUCCAACUGCACCAGCUCUCCUCCCACCUCCUCUCCUCCCUACAACUUCUACGCGGUGCUGCUGGUGCUCCUGAUCUUCUGCGUGGUGUUCGGUAACGUGCUGGUGUGCGUGGCGGUGUCGCGGGAGCGCGCUCUGCAGACCACCACCAACUACCUCAUCGUCUCGCUGGCCGUGUCCGACCUGCUGCUGGCCACGCUGGUCAUGCCCUGGGGCGUCUACCUGGAGGUUGUGGGCGAGUGGCGCUUCAGUCUCAUCCACUGCGACAUCCUGCUCACUCUGGACGUCAUGAUGUGCACCGCCAGCAUCCUCAACCUCUGUGCUAUCAGCAUCGACAGAUACACGGCGGUGGCCAUGCCGAUGCUCUACAACACCAGAUACAGCUCCAGGAGGAGGGUGGCAGUGAUGAUUGCUGUGGUGUGGUUCCUCUCUUUCGCCAUCUCCUGCCCUUUGCUGUUUGGCCUCAACAACACAGCCAGCCGAGAAGGCACCACAUGCAGCUUUGCCGAUCCGGCCUUCGUGGUGUACUCAUCCGUGGCCUCCUUCUACGUCCCCUUCAUCGUGACUCUGCUGGUGUAUGCGCAGAUCUGCGUGGUGCUGCGCAGACGGGGGAGACGCACCGCUCCGCCGCGCAGACACGGCCUGCACACACAAGGCGCGGCUGAGGCAGGAGAAGGUCAUCGGCACAGGAAGAAUAAGUGCACACAACCGGAGGAUGUGAAGUUGUGCACUCUGAUCCUGAGGCCCUCCACCGCUGGACCACAGCGCAAGAAGGUGACCCUGGUGAAGGAGGCGGUGGUUCACCCCCUCGAAGUGGAGCCGGGUCAGUUCCUGCCGCAGACCGAGCAAAGCUUGCCUCCUCCCCCACCUGCUCCCCAAACCGCCUCCCACUCCGGACGUGCCAGGAUCUCCCUGGCCAUCUCAGUGGGACCUGCCCCGGUUCUCCCCUCGACCGUGACGCGAUCGACCCUGAUGCCUCGCCCUCCCACCCUCGAUGACGGCAUGAGGGGCCGUGAGGGAUGGAGGGAGCGCAGCAGUGGCAGGGAGAGAUGGGGCAUCACCAAGGAGAGGGUGAGAGGAAGGCUGUCGCAGCAGAAGGAGCGGAAGGCGACACAGAUGCUCGCUAUUGUGCUUGGUGUGUUCAUCAUCUGCUGGCUGCCUUUCUUCCUGACACACGUGCUGAAGGCCCACUGCAGGAGCUGCUGCAUCACGCCCUCACUGUACAGCGCCGUCACCUGGCUGGGAUACCUCAACAGCGCUGUCAACCCUGUCAUCUACACCACUUUCAACAUCGAGUUUCGCAAAGCCUUCAUCAAGAUCCUGCACUGCUGAGAGCCCGACAGAUGAGACACGUCGACUGUCGCAAAGGAAAAGAGAGCCCGACGUUGGUUUGAGAUGAGAGGUGAGAGAGUAGAGAGGAAAGACGAAGACGUCGGGGUGAGACGGUAAAUUGGGUGACUGAGGAGUUAAGUGCAACAAGCUCCCUUGAAAAUGAAAGAUGAGCAGAAGUGUAACCAGCAGCUCAGACAACACUGGAGAGAGACAGAAAACAUGGCAGGCAGAGGGAAAAAAACUACUCGACGAUAGUAAAAAGUGUACACGAGACAAGUAAAAGACAGCUACAAGACACACAAACAAGUCGGGGGAUAUUAAUGGAAGAGAAGACGCGCAGUAUGUUGUGUGCAUACGGCCUGUUAAAGGGAAUAUUUGAGGACUGGAUCUCUCCACAACAUCCUGACUCCACAGAUGAGAGACUCUGAGAGACGUGUUUGUUUUUCCAAUGCUGGUUGGCUGUUGUAUUUUCUUGUAAUCUCGACAUACGGCAUCUUGUUAUUUGUUCCCAUGUGCUCGUCUUUCUCAGAGGACUAGAACAAGUCAAGACAGAGGCAAAGAGUCCAACACAAAAACUUUUCUUUUCUUUUUUUUGUUUUUUUUAACUGUCAUGCCCAAAAAGGCUCGAUCAUGUCUAACACUUUAUGAAAACCCACUGAAGUUGCAUUAAGGUAGAGUUCAUGAUUCGGUUACUUGGAGACAUCAGCAGGCAGUCAGCUGACUGCUCAUACAACCUAAUAUGUACAGUCUGUGCUUUAAAUACCUGUAAAUACAUUUGGUGUUGUAAAUAAUCAUUUCACUGGUAUAAAGGAGCAAUCGUAAGAAUUGUGAAAACCAUUAAUAAUGAUAAUAAUAACAAUUAUAAUAAUAAUAAACACAUUUUCUGUCAUUGCUUGUUUUGUUUUGAAAUCAUCAACGUGGUAAAAGAAUGACAACCUUA